AUGAUGAUCUAAUAGAAAUAAAAAAUAGGCUUGUUACUGAAAUUAAUUGUUCAUUUUGUCAAAGAGGAUUAUUAUCAUUUAAGUAUAAAACAACAAAUAAAAUUCAAAAAUUCUCCUCUAUUUCGAAUCUAUUUAUUACAAACUCACAAUGUGGAUAUAAAGGAUGUCUUAACCUAUUUAAGAAUAAGUAGGGUAGAAUAUUAUUUUAGUUUGAUGAAAAAUAAAAAUUUCUUCUAAGAUUUGAAAGUAUAUUACAAACUAUAUUUGCACAAAUAAUUCAUGCUAAGAGGGUACAUGCUUAAAUUCAUAAUAUAUCACAAUAUACCUAUAGGAUUGUAAUUUCUUAUCUAACAAUGCUGCUUUAAGAGGAGGAGCUAUUUAUACAAACUAAGAGAUUUUACUAUAUAAUUGUUAGAUUUACAAUAAUCAAGCAAAUAUUGGAGGAGGAAUUUUUCAAUAGGAAACUCUAUAGUAUCCAAUUUUUUAUAAUUAUAUUGAUAACAAUAAAGCAUAAACUUACGGAAAUACUAUUAUAUCCAUUCCUCAAAAAUUAACUCUAUAACUAAAUGAAAAGGAAAUGCUUUCAACAUUUAGAUUGAUAAAUGAAGAUAAUCUAAUAAUCGAUUAGGUGUAUAUUCCUCCUUAUGAAACAGUUUAAGGGAUAAUAUCUCAAUAACUAUUUGUCCCAAGUGGGUAAAGUAUUGCUAAAUAUAAAUAUUUUGAUUGGGAAGAUCGAAAGUAUAUCCCAUCAAAUUAAACCUUUCGACUUAUACCAUUAAAUUCAGAAAGUUAGAUAAUAAGAAAUUUAUCUGGUACUUCCUGUAGAAUUUAGGGUAGAAUACAUGUUUUCUCUGAAAACAAACUAGAUUCGGAUAAUUUCUUAUUUAAUUUUUCAAAUAUGAAUAACACUUAAUUCAAUGAUUCAACUUAAGGUUAUAAUUUGGAAGAUUUAAUAAUAUAUUUAGAUAAUGAAUUACCUUCUAAUAUGUCUUUAUAAUUAGAAUUUAGUUGCAAUUCCAUAUAAAUUCCAAUAUUUAAUAAAAAAUUACCUUAUAAUCUUCAAGGCAGUCACAAUAAUUAUAAAUUAAGAGUUGAAGUUAGAACUCUACCAUGUUAAUUUGGUGAAAUUAAGAGUUUUAUUAACUUCUCUUGCAUUCUAUGUGAUAAUAGUCAAGGUUUAUUCUCUUUAAAAUUGAAUUCACCUAAAUGUGAAGUAAAAGAUGAUAUAUCUACAAUAAGUGUGAAUUCAUCUUAAUUAAAUUUAAAAUAAGGAUUUUGGCGACCUUAUAUAGAUACAAGUAAAGUAUCCAGUUGUCUUAAUUUACUCAGUAAUUGUUUGGGAGGAUUGAGGGAGGGUGAUUUAUCUUGUUCAAUCGGACAUAUCGGAGCAUUAUGUGAAUAAUGCGAUUUGUAUAAUACGAGAGGUGAUGGUGAAUUCUCUGUUGGCUAAAGGUUUGUUUGCGGUUCCUGUUAGGAGACAUAAAGAAAUACAUUAAUUAUUACAUUAGUAAGUUUAUGGUAAUAAUUUAUAUGUUAUUGAAGGACUUUAAUUUCUGUUUUUAUUUCUGUUUAAGGUACAAUAAAGGCGGCAUAGGAUAUAUUACCAGAUUUUAAGUCUGUUUUUUAUCGUUCUACUUAUUUUAAUUAAGAUAGUUCUGCAAUUUUAAUGAAACUUUUAACAAAUUAUUUAUAAAUUUUAGAUACAAUAAGUACAUUUUAAAUAGACUUUUCAAAUGAAUUAUAAGGUACUUUAUAAACUAUUAGUUCACCAUUUGAGUCAAUGAUUUACUCUUUAGAUUGCUUUUUAUCAAGUACUUUCUCAUAUGAAAUACAUUAUGCAAGAAUGAUUUGGGAAUUAAUCACACCUUUCUUUUAUACUAGCUUCUUCUUUUUAAUUUACUUUAUUGCCUUCAAAAUUGGAUAUGCUAUUUUCAAUAAAAGUGUCAUAACAACUACACUCAUUUAUAUCUACAUCUAUUUAUAACCAACAUUAAUUGGUGGAUUGAUGCUAUUGGUUUCCUUUAGGGAGGUCUCAGAUUAUAAAUGGAUUUCUGCAAAUGUAUCUUAGAGGUAUGACACAGAAAUCCAUAAAUUAUGGAUGUUUAGAUUUUGUAUACCUACACUUCUUUUAUUUUCCAUUGUAAUACCACUCUAUUUAUUAAUUGGGCUUUACAAAAAUAAAGAUAAAUUUAAUAAAAAAUUGGUGCGAUAAAGUUGGGGUUAUUUGUACAUAGAAUAUCGAUAUUUAACCUUUUAUUGGGAAAUAGUUAAAAUAUUUUAGAGAGAAUUAAUUAUCCUCUCUUUAACAUAUUUUGAAGAUAGUAUUCUCAUCAAAGCAAUAAUUGUGGUUUUGAUUUUAAUCCUUUACUUAGAGUUGAACAAAAAAUUUAAACCCUAUAAUCUAAAUUAUUUAAACUAGUUGGAUUAUUUUUUAACAAACACUUGUAUAAUUUCAAUCAAUUUGGGAAUAGGAUGCUACUUCUCAUAAUAUUCAGGCUCAACAGAACUCUCAUAUAUAUUUAUCUUAGUCUUAUUGUUCUUAAAUAUUUAUUCAAUUUCAUAUCUACUAUUGAAAAUUAUCAAAGAAUUUUUAAGAUAAUAAAUUAAUGAAUUAGAGUAAAAACUGAAUGUAUUUAAAAUAAAGUUAGCAAGGUUUUUUCCAUGUUUAAUGAAAUAUAAUAUUAUUUAAAAAUUAUUAAGAAAUCAUAAAGAAAAAUAAGUAAGGUAGAAGUAUUUAAUUAAAAAAUUAAAAACAUAUCUUUUGAAAAUUGCUAAAAAAAUUAUCAUCAUCAAAAAUUAAGAAAAGUAUAAUUGUUUUCAACCUGAAAAUAAUUGUGAAUAAUUAUUAGAUUCUAGAACAAUUACUCCCAUCAUAUCUUCUUCUGAAAAGAAUCUGUGUAAACAUCAUUUGGUUAAAACUAAUUCUCUGAUAGCGUUAUAAUAAUAAAGAAUUAGUAUAUAAAUUCUUGACUAAAAGUAUUCUUUUUUUAUUAAUUUAAGACCUACAUUGUUAUUAAAUAUUAAUGCUAAUGAUACAAUAUCUGGAAGAUAAAAUUGA